AUGAAGAAGGAAUUCGAUCGUGGUAUGACAUCGGAUAAUUCAAAUUCAAACGGUGCGCGAGGAAGGUCACGCAGAGGUCGCGCGCUCGGCCUCAGCGCGGACGGCGGGAAGCAGCGCCGCGGGGCGGGGCCGGCGGGGCCGGCGGCGGCACGCGGUAUGCGGAUGCCUGCUCGAGCGAGCGCUAGCGCGGGCACCCGCGCUGCGGCUGGUGCGGCGCACUGGUUGAGCGGGCCGGCGACGGGUGACGUCUCUGAGGAUGAUCAGAACGCGUCUGAUGAUGGCGAGGAACCGAUGCAUGAGAAUCUAUUUGACGGCACAUUGGGGAAGUAUACUGGUGAAGAGGUCAAACUGCACGUGCGCGAGGGAACGCAGCCGAUUUAUUGCCGCGCGCGACCCGUGCCGUACGCGCUACUCCCGCGGGUGGAUGCAGAGUUGGACGCGAUGCUGCGCGCAGGCGUCGUCGAGCCGGUGGACCGCUCGGACUGGGCCACGCCGUUGGUUAUAGCAAGGAAGGCGGACGGCGGAAUACGGCUGUGCGUGGAUUAUAAGGUGACACUGAACAAAGCUUUGAUGGUCGAUAGGUACCCGGUUCCAAAGGUAGAAGAUUUAUUUAGUGGUUACUUCACCAAGCUAGAUCUUUCACAAGCAUAUAAUCAGUUACAUUUUAAAUGA